AUGCGGGCGGGCGCGCGGCGGCGCGCGGCGCUGGUGGUGCUGGCGGCGCUCGCGGCCUGGGGAGCGCGGGGACAGCGGCCCCGGGACCCCGCGGAAAACGGGACGCGUUGCGUCCUCUCGUCUUCAUCGGAGUUUCCUGAAGGAUUUUUCACACCGCAGGAGAGGAAGGAUGGAGGAAUCGUUAUUUACUUCAUAAUUAUACUGUACAUGUUUUUGGCCGUGUCCAUUGUGUGUGAUGAUUACUUCCUACCUUCCCUAGAGAUCAUCAGUGAAUGCCUUGGCCUCUCACAGGAUGUUGCUGGAGCAACUUUUAUGGCUGCUGGAAGCUCUGCUCCAGAGCUUGUCACUGCUUUUCUAGGAGCUUUUGUGACAAAGGGAGAUAUCGGGGUCAGCACCAUCCUUGGAUCAGCAAUAUAUAAUCUUCUUGGUAUUUCUGCAGCUUGUGGGCUGUUUUCAAGUGUGGUUUCGAGGCUAUCCUGUUGGCCGCUGUUCAGAGACUGUCUGGCUUAUACCAUCAGUGCAGCAGCAGUCCUUGUGAUGAUAUCUGACAACAGAAUUUACUGGUAUGAAAGUGCAUCCCUAUUAUUGAUAUAUGGGUGUUAUAUUCUGGUGCUAUGUUUUGACAUUAAAAUCAACCAAUACCUCAUGAAAAAGUUCAGUCCCUGCUGUACGUGUUUUACAAAAGCUAUGGAGGAGAAUGCAGAGCAGCAGCCACUGGUUGGAUGGAGGGAUGAGAGUGGACCUCUAAUUCGUCAACAGUCAAGAACAGACAGUGGAAUUUUUCAAGAUGAGCUGGACUACUCUCAACUUUCAACAAGCUUACACGGGCUCGAUGAAAUAUCUGAAGAUCAUCCUAAUGUCUUCACCAUGCCUGAAGCAGACAUGAAGAGAAUUUUGUGGGUGUUAUCCCUUCCUAUUAUCACACUACUCUAUUUAACUAUACCAGAUUGCAGAAGACAGUUUUGGAGGAACUGGUUCAUGGUGACAUUUUUAAUCUCAGCAGCAUGGAUUUCUGCAAUAACUUAUGUUCUUGUAUGGAUGGUAACAAUAGCAGGUGAAACACUGGGAAUCCCAGAGUCAGUAAUGGGUCUCACAUUACUUGCAGCAGGAACAAGUGUACCAGAUACAGUUGCAAGUGUGCUGGUUGCUCGAAAAGGAAAUGGAGAUAUGGCUAUGUCUAACAUUGUCGGAUCCAAUGUAUUUGAUAUGCUCUGUUUGGGAAUACCCUGGUUUAUAAAAACUGCCUUCAUAAAUACAUCAGGACCCAUAGAAGUGAACAGCAGUGGUCUGACAUACACAGCCAUUUCUCUUAUCUGUUCUGUUGGUUUUAUUUUUCUGGCAGUUCACCUGAAUGGCUGGAAAAUAGAUAAAAAAUUGGGAACAAUUUGUCUUGUCCUGUACUUAGUAUUUACUGUAUUAUCAAUUUUAUAUGAACUUGGCAUCAUAGGAAACAAUCCUACAAGGGUCUGUGGUAACUAGUUUAAUCAGUGAUUAUGCUGAUGAAAAAAAUAAAAGCAGGAGAAAACAAUCAGUUUCUUCAUUUAGUCAAAAUAAAAUUUAAAAAACCAACUCCAAACUCCCAUUGGGCUCUAAAUCUUAUAUACAGAACUAAGUCAUGUCAUUGAAGUAAUAUUAAGUAAAACAAAAACAUCACAGCCUAUUGGAGCCCUUUCUUUUAGAGUCAAGAAUUACAGUAUGACUACAACGCACAUAUAAAACCAAAAUUCUGAAAAAGACAUCUACUUUUUACAUUACAAUGUUGAUACACACUGGAGGGAAAAAAAAAAUCAGAAAA